CUGGACGAGCCCGGGCUCCGCUCUCUCUCCUCGGGCAUCGGGCGGAGUUUGCCCCGGGCGCGGGAACUUUCCUCCGGGAGCCGAGGCAGCCGGUACCUGCAGGCGCUGGUGGUGGGGGGUACGGCCAGGUUACUUUAUGGAAUGGGUCCCGAGACAACCGCAAAAGGCUUAAGUUCUGUUGAAAAACAAGCCAUGCGUCCUUCAGAUUCAGCGAUGAGGAAACCUGCAGCCAUCUGAAGCGGUCAUGAACCCCAAACAGGUCUUCCUGUCUGUGCUGAUCUUUGGAGUAGCGGGGCUACUGAUCUUCAUGUACCUGCAAGUCGGCAUGGAAGAGAGGCGGCACACAGAAUGGAGGCCGGUAAAAACCUUGCAUCCUGCACCCAGAAUCAUGACUGCAGGGAGACUCCAAGAGCAUACAACAAAUCAGAACUCCAAGGCUCACAUACCUGAGAAUCUGAAGAAGAAAAAUCUACUACACUCUGUGAUACCUACGAGGGUCGUAACAAAGACCAGCCACUCACAAGGGGACGCCCGAGUUGUCACUUGGAUCUCAGGGUUACCAAGGAAUGGCUCAACUGGAAUGCAUCAAGGAACAAAGGCUUUUCUCAAGAAGUCUGGUGAAAUGAAUUGGCCAUUGGACACUCACCCUUUAAACAAAAGUUUAGUCAAAGACAGUAAGUGGAAGAAAACUGAUGAGACCUUAGAGAAACGCAGGUUCUUCCUUCAGGAAUUUUGUAAGAAAUAUGGUGCAGGCAAUCAUCCUCAAUCCCAUCUUCUGCACAUGGUCUCCAGGAUUUACGUAGAAGACAAACACAAAGUCCUGUACUGUGAAGUGCCGAAGGCCGGCUGCUCUAACUGGAAAAGGAUUCUGAUGGUUCUGAACGGGUUGGCUUCCUCUGCCUACAACAUCUCCCAUGAUGCUGUGCACUACGGGAAGCAUUUGAAAACCUUAGACAGCUUUGACUUAAGAGGAAUACACAUGCGUUUGAACACCUACACCAAAGCUGUGUUUGUCCGUGAUCCCAUGGAAAGGCUAGUGUCGGCAUUUAGGGACAAGUUCGAACAUCCUAACAGUUACUAUCAUCCAGUAUUUGGAAAAGCAAUCAUAAAGAAAUACCGACCGAACGCUUGCGCAGAAGCAUCAAAUAACGGCUCUGGAGUCAAGUUCAGGGAGUUUGUCCACUACUUGCUGGAUUCUCACCGCCCUGUGGGGAUGGACAUUCACUGGGAAAAGGUGAGCAGGCUCUGCUCUCCGUGUUUGAUCAAUUAUGACUUUGUAGGGAAAUUUGAAACUCUGGAAGAAGACACCAAUUACUUCUUGCAGCUGAUCGGUGCUCCCAGAGAGCUGAAGUUUCCAAACUUUAAGGACAGGCACUCAUCUGAUGAGAGAACCAGCGCGCAGGUGGUGCGGCAGUACUUAAAGGACCUGAGCGGGACCGAGCGGCAGUUAAUCUAUGACUUUUAUUAUUUGGACUAUUUGAUGUUUAAUUACACAACACCGCAUUUAUAGUCUGCAGUCAUCUUCCAGAACCCUGUAUUUCCCUCAUGGCGAUGGCCUCAGAUCAGCUACUGUAAUUUUCCUGUAGUUCUCUGUAUGGGGGAAGCGUGACUAAAUGCAGUUGUCUUGA